AUUAACACCUGCAAUGGAUUCUAUUGUGACCAGUUCACCCCAAAUUCUAAGACCAAACCUAAAAUGUGGACUGAGAAUUGUAGUGGAUGGUUUCUUUCCUUUGGUGGUGCUGCUCCCUAUAGACCUGUUGAAGACCUUGCAUUUGCUGUUGCACGGUUUUACCAACGAGGUGGAACUUUCCAAAACUAUUAUAUGUAUCAUGGUGGAACAAAUUUUGGCCGGACCACUGGUGGACCCUUCAUUGCUACUAGUUAUGAUUAUAAUGCUCCAAUUGAUGAGUAUGGGAUUCCCAGACAACCUAAGUGGGGCCACCUAAAAGAUGUCCACAAGGCAAUAAAACUUUGCGAAAAAGCAUUAGUAGCAACUGACCCGACAUAUACUUCUCUGGGCCCAAACUUGGAGGCUACUGUCUAUAAAACUGGAUCAGGAUUAUGUGCUGCUUUUCUUGCUAAUGUGGGCACAUCAGAAGUAACUGUCAAUUUUAGUGGCAAUUCAUAUCUCUUGCCUGCAUGGUCUGUGAGCAUUUUACCAGACUGCAAGAAUGUAGUUCUUAAUACGGCAAAGAUAAAUUCCAUGACCAUGAUUCCCAGCUUCUUGCACCAAGCUUUGAAUGUGGAUGCUGAUUCUACUGAGGCAAUUGGCUCAGGUUGGAGUUGGAUAAAUGAACCUGUGGGAGCAAAUGAUGGAGAAAGAAUCUAGCCACUCAUAAAUAAAGCUGGAGAAGGAAUUUACUUGAUCAUUUUUAGGAUCUUUGAGCUUUGUGAGUGGAGCAUUUCAGCUCAAAUUUUUUAUUGAAGCUCGCCCAUGUUGGGUUUCAACUCAUAAUUCUUCAUAGGAGUUUACCCAUGUAGGGUCUCAGCUUGUUCUAUGAGGUUGCAAUUCUUUGCUGGACCUAUCAGGUCAAAGUAUUCAGGAUUAUCUGGAGCUAACCCAUUUAGGAUUUCAGCUUGUAAUUCUGUGAGAGCCUACCCAUGUAGGGUCUUAGUUGUAAUUCUUUGUGGGAGCCCACUCAUGUAAGGUCUCAGCUCGUAAUUCUUUAUCUAAGCUUUCUCAGCUCGUCGUUCUUCAUUGGAUGUUGUUAGCUCGUCAUUCUUUUUGGGGCUCUGCAAGCUCGUAAAUCUUUGUUUGCACUAUGCCAACUCGUAACUCUUUGUUGGAGGUGUGUGAGCUCGUAAUUCUUUAUUAGAGCUCUAUCAACUUGUCAUUCUUUAUUGGAGCUUUAUGAGCUCGUCAUUCUUCAUCGGAGCUCUAUGAGCUCGUCAUUCUUCAUUAGAGCUUGUGAGCUCGUCAUUCUUUGUGUGGAGCUUUGUGAGCUCAUCAUUCUUUGUGUGGAGCUUUGUGAGCUCAUCAUUCUUCAUUGGAGUUUUGUGAGCUCGUCAUUCUUCAUUGGAGUUCUGUGAGCUCGUCAUUCUUUGUUG